AUGACAAACGGGGACUACGGGAAGCUCGCCAUUGCCACAGCCGCCAUACUCGGUGUCCUCACACUCGGGGCACUGGUGUACUUGGUAGUGUGGUACAUUGGACGCAGACUCCGCGCCCGACGGCUUCGUCGCCAGCAGAAUCAGGGGAAUGACCAAUUUGAUCAGUCCGCAGUGUCCCUGGCCGAGGACACAAGCAGGACUCUAGAUGACUUCCUCAUGAAGGAUAUCCAACCCGAGCGGAGCUCAAUGAUAUUCAGCAGAAGCGGAAGCGGAUCUCCCUCCAUCACCAUCAUAAUUGACGGCGGGGAUGAUGCCGAACACUGCAAAUUUUCACCUCAGCCUUAUCUCACAAAACAAGACACCGCACCUUCUUCAUCUGCAGACACCUAUACCUCUACACAGACCUCGACUCAGGAGUCGGACCCCGAUGACCUGGGGUCUGAUCAGACACAGUGGAGCAGCUCGGGACAACGUUCGUCAAGCACAACUCCAAGGGCAUCCAUCUCAUCGUCCGCUAUUCCAACACCGCGAUCAUCCCAGAUUUGGUCUACGACCUCUGGUAGUACGCCAUCAGACCAGGCUCAGAGAGGCAGCUCAGGACAGCACUCGUUAACGACGACACCGAGAGCAUCUAUCUCAUCCUCUGUCAUCCUGACGGCGGGAUCCUCCCAGGGUUGGACUACGACCUCUGCCGGGACUGAGAGGUUUUCGCUCCUUAGUCAAUCUUCAAACCACUCGCGCCGCCCUGAAAGUCCCGCUGGCCUAUCAACAGCUCGCACCUCACAGCUAUAUGCACGUCGUUCGAGUGCUUCUGGUGCAUCGAGCGGUCCAGCUCGUGAAGGUGUGUUGCAGUCUGCAUCCCACAUUUUCAACGAGGCGGAGACUUCUCGCAUGGCGUAUUCAAGAAAUAUCGACUCUGUUAGAUCAAUGAGUCCCACUUCUCCCGUUUCUCCAGUGUUGGUAGAUGUUUCACCUGAGGGUGAUAUGCCCCAAUGGACAUCUGUUCCCUCUGCUCCCUUUCCUUUCGGUCAUGUGUGA